UUUGCGAGUGUACAACUCGUACAAAUUAUACAAAUAUUUGUACAUUUUAUUGGCUUUUAAAAACAAGGCAAUGGGAAAAGAUGUGUCAAACAUGCAAAAUAUUUGAAAAUACCACUUGACCCAUGGAGAAAUCCAGUGAAAUUUGUCUAAAUUCUGAUAAACUGAAGAAGAUAUCGAUUCCUUCUACCGGUUUUGUAGAGAAUCAUGUGAUAUACAGUAUUGAAGUAUCAUUGCAUGAUUAUUCUUGGACAGUCAAUAGAAGGUAUCGAGAGUUUUGGGAGCUUCAUGAAAAGUUAACGGAACAAUUUCCAAUACUGGAGAAAACCACAUUCCCUCCUAAGAAACUAUUUGGAAAUUUUGAUCCAACACAUGUUGAAAAGAGGCGUAAAUGCCUUGAAGAUUACUUGCAAAGCAUUAUUGCUCACUUGGGAAAAAUUCCAAGACCACUGCAAAUAUUUCUUGAAUUUCACGUUUAUGAUGUUCUUGCUGUGACACAGACACUUGCUGAGGAACUUUAUACAAUAGGUGACACUUUACUUGCAAGGGAAGAACCGUUUGUGUUUACACCGCUGCAGCUCUACUGCAUUUCCAGAAGAUUGAAAUUACCUCUACCAACCUGUGGUGGUGAAGGUUAUCAUUAUGAUGUUGGCAAUUUGUAUGAUAUCGUCUAUUGCUUACAAAAUCUUGAGAUCAUGGAGGAUGACAAGCAUAACUUGAACAAUUUUUCCGAUGAAGAAAUCUCAUUUGAUUUGUCCUUGUUCAAAAAUCUUAAAACAUUGCAGAUAUCUAAAUGCAACAUUGAAUCAUUGCGAGGCACGUUUCAUCUGCAGGAAAAGCUUGAAAAGCUUUCUGUGCACAAUUCGUUACAUUUACUAAAGGAGAUUCUCAUUGACCAAAAUGUUUGGACUCAUGGUGAUGAUGUUUUAAAGCAAGAAUGUUUUUCCGUUUCGACAUGGAAACAUCUCACAGUGAUUGAUUUAAGUCAUAAUGAUAUACCGCACAUGGAUGAAUCUGUGACUUUACUACAUGAAGUAGUGAGAAUGGAUCUUUCCUACAACAAAAUAAAAGAGAUAACUCAUUUACAGGGCCUUCCGAAACUCGCAGAACUGAAUUUAUCUUUUAAUGAGAUUGACAACCUGAAUGCUGUGAAUACUAAACUUGGAAACAUCACGUCCCUAAGACUUGCUGGUAAUAGGCUAACCAACGUUGGUGAUUUACCGAAGAUGUUUUCUCUAGUGAAUCUUGAUCUUAGUGAAAAUUCUAUAGGUGAUAUUUCUGAUGUCAUGUCACUUGCUCGGCUACCGUGCUUGGAAAAUCUGAUUCUACUUGCAAAUCCUGUCAGACACACAUCAAUGUAUCGCCUGCAACUCCUGGCCGCGUUUGACGACCAACUUUCACGGAUAUGCCUUGAUCAAGUGGUUCCAACAGAGAAGGAAAUUAGAACUGUGAUACAAAUGCUUGCUGAAGAAGACGAAUAUGAGUUUGUGAAAAUUGAUGAUCCUACAAAUAUAAGUGGACAUAGAAAGGCACCUAGACGUAAAGUGAAAACCAAACCUCCGAUCGUGUUGGAAAAAGAAACUAAAACGGAAGGCCCGUCGUUAGCUGUACAGAAAACUACAGACACAGAUGAGGGGAAGGAAUUUCGUGACAAAGUUGAUAAAAUACGUAAAUUAGGGGGCGAUGAUUGGUUAACAUUGUUGAAUGAAAUGCAGAGUGAACAUAAACAUCCAGGCAAGACUAACAGUACUUCUUUACCUGGAAAUGCAGCGUCUGCUUGUGUGAAAAAUGGAGCUACUACUUUGCCUUCCUCGGCUAAGGAUGUGAAUGGACAGCAAUCAAAGAGUUCUACUGCGCUGCAGUUUGGAUUUUCCCCCGAGCUUGAAGAUCUUGUGAAAGUUACUAUAGAGAAGGAUAAAGAUGUUACAACUGGAACGUUUUUCGUGAGGAUUGAAGGUGAUGUCGGUGACGAAGAGAGAAUGGUUGUCGUUGAUUUGAAGAAAGAAAUUUUAAUGGCGAUUGCUCUCGAUACUGUGGAGACAUAUGCGAAACACAAACUUGCUGAUAUAUCAAGUGUGGAUAUUUUGGAAUCUUCGGGGUGUUGGUAUGUAGAUCUUUUACAUGCAGAACACAAAGAAUUGCGUCGUCAUGCUGAUCUUCACGUUGACAGCGGUACAAGCGCCUCCAAAGCUAAUUACAGACAUGUCGCAAAAUAUCGCAUGAGGUCGAUGAAAGAUGCCACUGAACUGUUUGUAUUGCUGUAUAAGUUUAUUUGGGACUCUUUGAGCGAAAGGCCUUCAGAGAGAUCGAACUCGGACCCCUCGCAGACACCACAACGGACAGUCUCAAAUGACGUCACGUCAUUGUAUAGCAAUCCUAUUGGACUACCACCUGAUUUACUUUCUAAAUUCCUCAGCUGUAAGUUUGGUUGGCCAAUAGAAAGCGAGCUUACAGAGUCUGCACGUCAUGCAACAGAGACUGUAAGAGAAUGUGUGCACGUGAUACUUUGGCUCAGCUGUCUUCCGUACGCUUUACCAGAACACGAAUUUCCAGUUUGCCUCAUCCUGACGAAUAUGAAUAUACAUUUAUUUCAUCUCCUCAACUUUGUCACCCCACCAAAAAAGGUUGAAAAAAUGGACGAAAUACUGUCAUUUAUGUGUUGUCUACCGCUGACAGAGAUGGUUAGUGUUAAAAGAGGUGUUUUCAAUUUGACAUUUCGCCUUGAGUUUGCAAAGCGUGCCACACUCGGUACUUUCACUUUUCUCACCCGUGAUUCGGAAAUGACAGAAGCGUUCAUCAAUGUUUUAAAAGAAUUGACAAGUGGAACGACACCAGUGAUAUUCAAUGACGACUUCGUUAAAGAGGAAGAGUUAAGACUUGAGAAACUAAAAAGAGAGAUCGCAUUGUCUUGCGGGAAAACAUUUAAAGAUGACGAAUGUGUGCUUAUAUAUUCUGUGGUUAGGGAGCUUACGGAGGAGACUUCAUCAAAUGACAACCACGCCCUUAACACCAUUGAGAUGACGACAUCAUCAACUGAGAGUCAUAUAUCGAGAACGCGAAGUUUGAUUCUUACAAACAGGAAUCUUUUCCUUUGCGAAGAGGACCAUCUACACUGGCCGUUGCCUAGUUACGUACGUUUUGCACCAUCAACCCCACAGUGGGUGGUUACCAAGCACGAUGACAUAAAGCAUUUGAUUGGGAUUGAGGUGUAUGACGUCAUGGGUGGGUGUACGUUCGUAGGAAGCAGCGGAAUGUCCUUACUUUUAGAGAACAACGCGCGCACUUGCGAAGAUUUGUCUGGCAUGACCGGACACGAAUCCCACAAGAUAGAAUGCGAGUCACGCAAGACCAAGACGUGGAACGUGAUUUUUAAACUUAAGGAAGAACGGGAGCAAUUUCAACGGUCGCUCUCGAAAAUUUGGUCAUACUACUUUCAUGGCGAUCUUAAAACUACGGAAUCUAAACCGAUCCUUGCGACAAAUAUUCGCCACGUUCCCCGAAUCGACUUUGCAGCAGAAUUCUUUCAAGAAAGGUUGCCUCCAUCUGGACUAGAUUGCCCUGAAAACCGAACCAAGAAGAGUCAUCGUCGUAAUGCUUCCGGCCAGUUUUCCCCGACUAAACACUCGAUGAGGAAUUCAAUGCAGGUUUUACAUAGUGCAAAUGCUGAAAUAUUAGAAACGUUUUUCAUCGAAAUAUUAAGACAAAAGUCUGGAAACGAUACUUUAGAAACACUCGUGUCUUAUACAUGGACAGGCUGCGUGGCAUACUCCAACCCCUCGCGAGAGAUCCACGUAUGGCUAGUCUUAUCAAGUACAAAGGUUUACAUUGUGGCUGACGUUGAAGAUCGUAAGAUUAUAGGCGCUUCUCAAGAUGUAGUUUUUGGUACUGGAAACAAGUUUUGUUUUCAUUGGCUAGCACUGACAUGGUUACGCCAGGUGUGUGUCGGCUUCUUUGAUCAGACUUUCCGAUUGGAAACAGAUGACCCCGAGGGUACUUUUAUUUUUAUCACACGUGAUUAUCAAGUGACUGGUUGCUUUUUAGAGAACCUCACAAAAAUCUUUAAAGAGAUUGGUGACGAAGGGCCCCCUCCAGUCGCGUCAUCUGACAGCUCUCCGAGUAUCUACGACGCUUAUCCGAGCAACUCGAAUGCGGACAUCGAUCACUCUUCGGUAAAGAAAUUCCAUCACUCGAAAGGUGUUGUGCAAUUCGUUUAUACAAACGAUGAUACCGUUGAAAUUUUAAAGCAUACUAUUCUAGGAUAUGCGAAGGAGUCGGAGUACUGCGCCUCCCUAAAUGAUAUAGAUAUCUAUGGAAGUAUUCUUGUGUAUCUGCUAAUGUUUCAAGUUGUAGACGGCAAGAAAUUGGCUCGCACUUUUAUUGUCUUCGACCGUGCGCUGUGCACAUGCGUGGAAAAUCACGUGAACUUCCCGCUGCCGCUGUUUGUUAAAGGUCUGCCCAUGGGUUCACGUUACGAGGUUCAGUGUUUGCGCCUUAUUACGGACAUUAAAAGAAUCGAAUUUAGUGGUUCUAAUACACAAGAUUUUACUAUUGUAUUCAAGAAACAGCGGAUAGAGAGUGAGACUAAAAUCAUGACUGUGGAUGAGGGUGACGUUAAAAACAGCGCUUGUCGUGUUGGAGAAGAAUGCUGGACUAUGGUAGCGCAAACGUAUGAGGAGAAAGAAAAAGCGCUAGGGAUAAUUUUACGAUUCUGGAAAGAGCAUGUUGGCGAAGACUUGCCUGUUUUAAAUAUUUCAUAAAUAAAAAUAUUCGAUAAUAUAUACAAUUAUAUAGUUUGU